UUUGAGGGAAUGCAAAACUAUGAGAGUGCCUGACAACGGUGAGCGGGGCCGCGGUGUGUAGCGCAGCGUCUGGCGGACCACGGAGGGCCGCACACUACUGCAGGGACGGGCUUCAAGGGCCAUGUAGCGGGGCCCCACGAGCCAUUCAGGUGCAGGAAACAUACAGAACCCUUCAGCAUGAGUGGGCGCAGUGGCCUGGUGGGUCCCAGUGGGGGCUCCAUGGCUGGCCCAGACCCUGCCAAUCAGCCCAUGGACCUAGUGAAGACUACAGGAAGGUCAAUGGAAUCUGGAAGUAUAGUAAAAAGUGGUAACACAACACUAGUCCACUACACUACUGGGGGUGUGGCCCAAAUCCUGACAACAAGUGUGGCCACUGCACAUGUGGUGACUGCUAAACCAGUAGGUCGCAGCGAGAGUAUGGGUGUGGGAAGUCAAACAGUCACCUUGGUUUCGCGCACGUCGGGCCCCCCAGCUGCCCUCAAUCUUGCUGCACAAAAUCCGGGUGGAGGCAGUAACCCAGCUGUACGAACAGUUUCUCAUCCCUCCGGCACCCAAACCAACAAUGCCGUGGUAACAUCUUCAACCCAGCUGGCUUACCAUAUCCCAAGGGGUGCUGCAGCUGUUGCCAACAUGUCAGCUCCACGGUCACAGACUGUAGCCACUCCCAUUGUCAGGACCACAGGACAGCCACUUGGGCACCCAAGCUCAAAUCUACCAGGACCACGAAGCAGUGUUGGUGGUCAGCGUGUCGUCCCAGCUUCCAGUGCAGGAUGGGGUCGCAGCACUCCCUCACCAGCACACUCCAAUAAAGGUGCCCCCACCUUACACUCCAAUGUGGCGGGAACGAGCCUCAGCCUUGGAGUGGCUCGAGGAUCAUUGCCCAGCACCCGGCCUGGACAGCCCACAGGCUCUAUCACCACUUAUCAUCCUGGAGGACGUGCUUCAGGGCUGCCAGGGGGGCCUAUUCGAGGAGCAGGGACCACCACUAUGAGGGGCAUGGUGACAGAUGGACCUCGAAUGUCUGGCCCUAAGGCAGUGCACAUUACUCAGCCUGUUGUUCAACCACAAAAAUAUGGCUCUGGAAUAAUGGGCAGUGGGGGACGUAGUAUGGCUCCUGGCUCAUCGGCAUCAUCAGCCGGGCCUAUUUACACCCCUGGUAGUCCUUUGGUCACCACAGUUGCUGGGCAAAACUUGACCUCCCAGGGAAGCAUGAGGACCCAACCACCUCCAGCCAUUGCUGUGAGGAUAACUACUGCACCCAUACCCACCUCAUCCACAUCUGCACCGGUGAUGUCACAGGCAGGCACUGGUAUUGGAGCUUUGGCACUGACGUCCCCUACUGGCACCACAUCAGGCACCAUCCUUACCCACCAUCCCACUCUGCAGCGGACCUCUCAAGACCACCACAUUCCUCUUAAAGCACCCAUUGUACGAACUCCAGGAGGAACCCAUCAACCCAGCAAAGCAGGAGUUCAAGGCCAGACCCUCACCUUCCCUGAUGGCCCCAAGGUGAUAACUCAACCAGCACAAGGACCUCCAUUGGCUCUUACACACAUCUCGGGUCUCUCAGGGCUCACCACCCAAAAGGGUCAGGUUGGCACACACACUUUGCAGCAGCAGCAACAACACCAACAGCAGCAACAACAACAACAACCGCAACAUCAGCAGCAGCACCACCAACAUCAGCACCAACAAGCACAUCUGCAGCACCAGCAACAGCAACAUCAGCAGCAGCAGCAUCACUCAACAGGUGUACAGCAUAGAGGAGGCAGUGUUGUGGGUGCUACUGUGGGCCGUGGCAUUGGAGGAACAGCCAUCCCAGUGGCUAAAGUCCUUCCUCAGCAGGCACCUCCCCAAGGCCCUGUGUCUGUGGCAUCUACUCCAAGAGUCCCUCAUGGCCAAGUUAGAGCACCGUCUCCUGGGCAAGUUGCUGAUCCCCAGCCUGCUCACACUAGUGUCUUCCUGCACCGUACUCAUGCAGGUGUUGCCGUGACUACUGGUGGAACAUGUGGAGAGCGAGUGGUGACAACAGUGCCCCAGUAUAGCAUUGCUCCCCAGUAUUAUUAUGAGCAGGGCCACAAUGCUACAUAUCAGGUUGGUGGAACAACACUUGUGCCCAGCACCCUGGGGUCUACCCACUAUGUGCCAGCCAGCAUGCAGGGCGGGAGCCUCAGAGUCACGGCUGGGGGUUCUAACCCUACUGUGGCAAAUGUAGGUGGGGUGAAUGGCUCAGGGCAGGUGGAAUGUGCAACAGGGCAGCAGGGAACAGUACCCUUGCCCUCCAUGAAGCCAAAUGCCUCUCCUAGGCCCUCUAUACUUAGAAAAAGGCCUGACAAUGAUGGGAUACCCAUGAAAGCUGCCAAGAACCUCACCACAUCCCUCUCCAUGCCGGUACCCUCCCCACCGUCCCCAAAGAGGCCAGACUCCCGGGGCAAUGGGAAUGCUUCCUCUGGCUCAACUACAAUAUCUGCAAACUCUUCCCCUGAUUCUUCCUUAUCAGGCCUCCAAAUAGAGGAGAUGGACAGUGGAACGACUCCACUUCGGGGCAGUGGUAGUCAUACUCCUCCAAGCAUCAAACAAGAGCCUCCCGAAGAUGCUACAAUAGUUCUACCACGCCCUCCUUCAUUGUCCAUUCCUGCCCCAGACCUCUGUCCACUGACCCUGAACACCAUGAGCACAGCCACUCUCACGGUGCCCCAGCCGCACUUGUCGGUAGCCACCCUUCAUGCACCUGCACAAAUCCUUGGAGAUGGACUUUCUCCAAGGAAAAAACCUAGAAAACAGCAACUCAUGGGCAAUGAGCUGCAGGAGGCACGGUCUAGUGAAGAUGACCUUGAGCAUCCCCCAAUUAAAAAGAAUAAGAGAGAUCUUGCAGAAGAUAGUCAUGAUUUAGAAGGCAGUGAAGAUGAAGGUGGAGGAUGGUCAGAGCCUGGAGGAGCUAGUAGUGGUGGCAGCUGUGGUGGUGGUGGUGGUAGUGGUGGCUUAGGAGGUGUCAGUAGUUCCACUGGUGCCGGCAUCAAUAAUUCUGUGAGCACCACAGUUGUUCUCACCAACCGCCCCACAAUGUCACUUCUGAGCAGUUUCCGCCAAACUUGGAAGCCUCGCCACAAUCACUUUGUGAGGCACACUGAUGUGAAACCCAAGGAUGAAAAGAGGAUGACUGUUAAUGAGAUAGCCAACCAGAAGCUGGCUAUGCAACGUGUUAAUGGAUGGAAGAUUGUUCAUCUAUCUGGACAAGUGGAUGACCUUGUGGAACUAGAGACUGAUGUAGUAGACCGCCUUCACCUGCUACUCAGCUCCCUGGAGAAGAGAACUCAUCCAAGAAAACCAUAUAAGGACUUUGAAAAAGAUGUGAAUCGGCUGUCUGAGCUUGUGAAGGCCAACAUUCAGCGUUCCAAGAUCAUCAAAGAUCAAAUGGUGGAGGCAAGGUCACAGAUGCAUAAGUUGUUUGACCACAAAGAUAAAAUUGUUGAUAUAAUGAACAAAUACAGCAGUAAACGAAGUGUUCGAAAAAAGGAAAAAAGUUGAACUGUGAGUCAGGACACAGAUUUACAGUUCUUUGGUUAUGUGUCAUUGUUCACCAGGUUUGUGGUGUUAAUUGUACAUUGCAAUUUUUUUCUUUUAAGUAUUAGUGUAGAUUAGAAAACUAUUUUAUGAGAGCUGUUCCUGGGUGUACAGCCAUACUGAGUACCUGCGAUGCCUCUUCUGAGGCAAAUUGUAUGAGUUUCAUUAAUGUUAACAGCUGUGCAUCAUAGCAAUAUAGUGUAAAGUAUAAUUUACUUUAAGUUAUACUACAAAAUAUUGCACUUAGAACAUUUGAAAUAUUAAUUUAAGUUCCAGAUAAUGUAUUUAUGCAAAGCUUUUAUAAUGAAACACAGUUUCACCAUAGAUACCAGUAAAUAUACUGCAAUGUAAUUGAUUCUCUCUUGAGUUUUGACAGUUUACAGCUAACAACAGAGUACCCAUUGUGUCCCAAAGCUGAUGACGGUGAAACAGCAUCCUGUUUUAUUUUUGCCAUAACGACAAAGAGGAUAUAUAUAAGGAUCACUUGGGCAUGUAUAUUAAUACCUGAAGGAUGACUGAAUGUAGGUCAAUCCAUGUACAAUAUUAUGCAUUUCCAUAAGAGUAUAUUAAUAUAUGCAAGUAUCAUAGCUGAAUCUGUUACUUGAUUACAGAAAAUAUUGUGUGGUCAAGUGAAGUGGAAUGGAGAGUGGCCUAGCAUAAAGUUACCAUGCUGAAAAGGCAACUACAUAUAGAUCAUAUGGAAAAGAUUGGGAAGGAUCCUUUGUAACUGUUUGUAAGGAAUGAGUGAACCAUAUGUAUUGUCUCAUCUUAGGCUUUUAUGUAGACGAUUCAAGAAAAUUACUUUAAUUAGUAACCAUAAGACCUUUUGAUAAUGGUACAUGAACUUUACAGUAUUAGUAAAGUUUUAAAGACAUCUCUUGUCAACAGACUUAAGUAUGUGAUAUUGAUUAGCUGACAAAUCAAUUUAAUGUAUUAUAUGACUAUCAAAAUAUGGGAAACAAUUUUUUUUGCAACAAGAAUCUGAAAUUGGGCAUAUCCUCAACUUAUAGAAAUGCAUUAAGUACUUGUGUAAUUUUUUGUCAUAAAAAUGAAAUAUAAAUAUAAAUUUUACAAGGUAUGUUUA